AUGGGCUGGUAUGAAAAAGAGGAAAGACAUUCACAAGUAUUUUGGGUGUCCUACAUUAGUCAAGACUGUGAAGAAAUUCCAGAAUUCUUAGGAAGAAAAUAUGGACACGUGGCAAAAAGACUAGAUCUUAGCUUCAACUUGUUAAGGUCACUAGAAGGACUGAAAACAUUCAGUUACUUGGAAGAGCUGAUCUUGGACAACAAUCUACUCGGAAAUGACCUUCUGUUACCCAGGUUACCCCACCUCCAUACCUUAACGCUCAACAAGAACCAAAUAACAGAACUAGAAAGCCUUUUGGACCAUUUGGCUGAAGUUGUACCCUCACUACAGUAUCUCAGUUUGCUUGGAAACAUGGCCUGCCCAAAUGAACUGGUCUGCAAAGAAAAGGAUGAAGAUGACUACCAGAGGUACAGAUAUUUUGUCCUGCACAAAUUGAGAAACCUGAAAUUUCUCGAUACUCGGAAAGUAACCAGGAGGGAGAAAGAAGAAGCCUUGGUAAGAGGUGCCUUCAUGAAAGUGGUUAAGCCCAAGGAUGCUAAGGCCUCCAGUGAUGCUGCCUCCACCUCUCCAGAGAUGCACUAUACACCUCUGCCUUCAGGAUCCAGAGACCUCACCAACCACCGAGGCAUUUUGGGAAAAUGCCGCUACAUUUACUAUGGAAAGCAUUCUGAGGGCAACAGAUUCAUCCGAGACGACCAGCUAUAAAACACAGUGUUGUUUCAUGCCUCUUCAAUCCCUCCACAUGAGAAGCACAAAUUGCAUCUAAAUUUUAAGCAUGUAACUAAAGUCCUCUAGUGCCUUCUGCUGACUUUGCCAAGCCUGUCAAGAUCAUCCUUCUAUCUUAGUCUGAGUAGUCACAUAGAGAUUGACAUGAUUGCCUUUAAGCAGGUCCCAUCCACCAGCGUGACAGACAGCUGCAGCCGAGCACCCGGCCUGACAGGAGGAGCACCGUGAUGGAUUGCCCGGUCCAAUUGCUGCUUGCAGAAGAGCAGGGGUCACACCUGGGGCUUCAGUAAGCAUGCUCCCUCGGCCGGCGCCUUCGCAAAAGCAGUGUGUUUAUCUCCAGCUUGCCUGUUGAGCAAAAGUGGCGGGCGAUAUCAAAGUGUUUAUAAAAGAGAGGCUAUAAUUUCAGAUUAAAAAGCCCUUAUCUGUUCUUAUUUUUUUUUCUCUGUGAAUUAAGUGCUCGUGUUUCUAUAAUCUCAUACAUGCUUACACAAAUCCUUUCACAGUGGUGUGUUUUUUUCUGUUUGGUGUCUUCCAUCCCCUCCCAAAUGAGCCUAGAUGGAUUAUUUUUUCUUUCAACAGGAAAAAAAAAUAUAUCCUGAAAAUAUUUCAGCCAUGCAAAGUGCUAUCAAAUUGUAUAUUUGUUUAUAUGCAAAGGAAAAGGAUUUAAGGAACUUUGCAGACGAACAAAAUUUGCUAAUUCCUAAAUUACAUCUCAACAUUUAGUAACUCUGACCUUCAGAAAAGCAAUCAUUUUUUUAAUGCUGGAGAAUAGUGGCACAGCUUAGCUGUAUACACUUGGAAGAAGCCCUCAGUUGUGACAUUGACAGUGUGUGUUAUUCCUGGUUUAUUGCACAAGAUAUUUUUAACUUGUACAGAGGUUACAUUUAGAAUCAAAUGCUUAAAUUUGAAAAGAAAAAAAGUGCUUAAAAAGAGUGAUAUAAAAUGAAAUUACCUCCAGAUGGAUAUGAUUUCUCAGUGGGGGGGAAAGUCAAUAAAAGUAACUGAUGGAAUUAACAAAAUUAAUAGCUGUACUGAUAUGUUCUAGAACAGAGUUCUGAUUAAUCCCUUUUGAUGUCUGUGUAAGAAAGGCUAUUGUCAAAUUUUCAGUGGAAAAAAUUUAAAAAGCAUGGCAUAUUUCCUGCUUUUCUGAUAAAUAGGUUGGACAUAUUUAGAAUCAUGAAGUUGGUACUGUGAAAAAAAUAUCCCAGUACUUCAUACAUGUAUUGUGUUGAGUGCUACUAGAUACAAUGGGAUUGGC